ACGAAGUUCUUAUCUCGUUCUUGGUACAACAUAUUACCAAACCAUUACCUCAUCCAAUGGCAUAUAUCAAUUGUCAAUUGUAAAUACUCCCAUCUCAAAUACACCCCCCCCUGGACAAGAUCAGAAAAAACAGUGAGCCUCUUAGGUCAUAUACCAAAUCAAGAUAAGGGCAACCUCAGAGGGGACAUACAGUAGUUACAGACACAUUCCCCAUAAGAAGACAAGACUCCAUUCUGUCCUCCUCCCCUUCUGAUAUUCUUCAUAGCAUCACAUGGUUUAACAGAUACAUUAACAUAUGGGUAGCUGCAGGAACAGGGUUGGGGAGCCCAUGGCAUACAGAGUACUGGGUAGCUGCAGGAACAGGGUUGGGGAGCCCAUGGCAUACAGAGUACUGGGUAGCUGCAGGAACAGGGUUGGGGAGCCCAUGGCAUACAGAGUACUGGGUAGCUGCAGGAACAGGGUUGGGGAGCCCAUGGCAUACAGAGUACUGGGUAGCUGCAGGAAGAGGGUUGGGGAGCCCAUGGCAUACAGUUUGGGCAGAAUAUCACCUGUUGCUCAGCGAGAGCAUGCCCCUCAAACCGUGUGAAGCAUGGAGUGAAAUAAGUGUUGUGAUAUUUAUUUCUCAGCUGUUCAUAUUAAGCACAUGCUCUGCUAUAAAACCGAAGUAGCCUAUCCGUCAUCACUGGUGGGAAAGCGCGCAGCCUCCAUUCACUAUUCAAGUGCAUACAGAUGACUUGUCUUUUCCCCCUGUUCUUUCCCAUUUGAUAAUGUGCCGUUCUAAAUUAAACUAAUUAUGCAUAUUAGUAAAGACGAGCUUCAAUUUAGAAUACUCUGUAGGGUGAAAAUAUGAUCACUUGAGAGAACAGCUGUGCAGACUGAGGCAAGCAACAGAGCACAAGCUUUUAUUGCUACUUUCUCAAAUCCUCAAUAGCCUAUAGUCACAACAUGCAGCCCAUAUGUUUUGAUUUCUAAGACAUUCUAAGGUUUGUAUCAUUCACAACUAACAUUGCCAAAUAAGUCUAAAUCUAGUGUAAUAGCCAGAUAACAUGCAGUAGAUCAACUCGUAUUCUGUUCUUCUGAAAUACAUUUUCUUCACAUCAUGUUUCUUUCAACCUGACUAAAAUAAAUAAUGGAUUUAUUGUGAUAGUGUAUAAUCAAUGUAUUUAUUAGAUGUAGAUUUUGCAAAGGUGUGCAUCAGGUGUAGGCAGCUUGGAGGCCUGGGGAUACUAAGUGUGCGUGACAAUAACCUGCUGACAAACUGUCAGACUGCCACAGCUCUAGUCACAAACAAGUUGGGUCACCUGCUACUGUUUCCCUUCCACUGGAAUUCUGUUAUGUUCAGCUCAUAACUGUUUUACUUUGUCUUGUGGUCAAACCAAGCGUGUUAAAAAUGUCUGUCUGGACAAGCCCUCUCACGUGCGCUCUCUCUCGUUAAUGUCACCUCUCCCAGCUCUUACUUAAACCUACCCAUGAGCCCCCUCUCUUUCCAUUAACUGUAACUAGCAUCCUCACCCACUGAGCACCGACCGACAAGGGAUGUCGAAAUUUGGUCAGUCCACCCUAGCCUUGAUGUUAAUGUCCGCUGAUAGGUUCAGAUUUGGUCAGUCCACCCUAGCCUUGAUGUCCGCUGAUAGGUUCAGAUUUGGUCAGUCCACCCUAGCCUUGAUGUCCGCAGAUGGGUUCAGAUUUGGUCAGUCCACCCUAGCCUUGAUGUUAAUGUCCGCAGAUGGGUUCAGAUUUGGUCAGUCCACCCUAGCCUUGAUGUCCGCUGAUAGGUUCAGAUUUGGUCAGUCCACCCUAGCCUUGAUGUCCGCAGAUGGGUUCAAAUUUGGUCAGUCCACCCUAGCCUUGAUGUUAAUGUCCGCAGAUGGGUUCAGAUUUGGUCAGUCCACCCUAGCCUUGAUGUCCGCUGAUAGGUUCAGAUUUGGUCAGUCCACCCUAGCCUGGAUGUCCGCAGAUGGGUUCAGAUUUGGUCAGUCCACCCUAGCCCGGAUGUCCUCAGAUAGGUUCAGAUUUGGUCAGUCCACCCUAGCCUUGAUGUCCGCAGAUGGGUUCAGAUUUGGUCAGUCCACCCUAGCCCGGAUGUCCGCAGAUAGGUUCAGAUUUGGUCAGUCCACCCUAGCCUUGAUGUCCGCAGAUGGGUUCAGAUUUGGUCAGUCCACCCUAGCCUGGAUGUCCUCAGAUGGGUUCAGAUUUGGUCAGUCCACCCUAGCCUGGAUGUCCGCAGAUGGGUUCAGAUUUGGUCAGUCCACCCUAGCCCGGAUGUCCUCAGAUAGGUUCAGAUUUGGUCAGUCCACCCUAGCCUUGAUGUCCGCAGAUGGGUUCAGAUUUGGUCAGUCCACCCUAGCCUUGAUGUCCGCAAAUGGGUUCAGAUUUGGUCAGUCCACCCUAGCCUUGAUGUUAAUGUCCGCAGAUAGGUUCAGAUUUGGUCAGUCCACCCUAGCCUUGAUGUUAAUGUCCGCAGAUGGGUUCAGAUUUGGUCAGUCCACCCUAGCCUUGAUGUUAAUGUCCGCAGAUAGGUUCAGAUUUGGUCCGGCCACCCUAGCCUUGAUGUCCGCUGAUAGGUUCAGAUUUGGUCAGUCCACCCUAGCCUUGAUGUUAAUGUCCGCAGAUAGGUUCAGAUUUGGUCCGGCCACCCUAGCCUUGAUGUCCGCUGAUAGGUUCAGAUUUGGUCAGUCCACCCUAGCCUUGAUGUUAAUGUCCGCAGAUGGGUUCAGAUUUGGUCAGUCCACCCUAGCCUUGAUGUUAUUGUCCGCAGAUGGGUUCAGAUUUGGUCCGGCCCAUCAUAGACGUAUUUCACAAGUUUGGAUAGUACAGUGAGUAGAACACAGCGUACAGUCAAAUACAAUACAUUUAUUUACAUUUUUUUAUUUAACUAGGCAAGUCAGUUAAGAACAAAUUCUUAUUUACAAUGACGGCCAACACCGGCCAAACCUGGACAACGCUGGGCCAGGGACCAUGAUGUAAUUUCGUUAUCGUAAUUCAGUUACCAGGUGUAAAUCCACUUCACUUACUGUACUUCAAUAAUCGAAAUAAACUCACGGUGCCCUGUCAUAGCUGACACCGCAUUCUUUCUGCAGACAUGUUUUGAAUCUUAAUUCGGAGAAGAUAUUUAAGAGUUUUGAAAGAGUGAAAAAAAAAACGGAAUAAUUCCAUUACCGUGUAAUUAGCCACAACAAGCUGCCAUGUGGGGAAUCACAGGUGGCUCGUUAUAUCUUAUUGAUACCAUGUUUUGUUUUGACUGAUGUCAUGUUUAUGCUAAUAUGGCUAGAAUUCGAAUUUAGAAUUUUUCCCCAUAGCUACACACGUGUCGGUUUUGUUUUUAAACAAUGUGUAGCUGGAGACUACUUUAAAUCUACACACAAACUGGAAUGUUAAUCUACAAGUUAGCAAAGCUAUCUUGUGUGGUUGCUGGCUCCAAGUUAAUCACAAGAGCAAAGAAACAAGUCCUCAGGCUCUUCUGUCCAUCCCAACAUUGUAUGUCUGCCCAGAGUGGAAGAGGUAUACAUACUUUGUCCAUCUGGUAAACCUCUGUCUGU